AGGGCGGGAGCCUUUUAGGGCAGCGAUCCCGCGGUGGAAAGGGAGGGGGAGUCGUAGGGGACCCUGGCCCUUGCCCCAGCUAGAGAGGGAAGUUUGGCCGGCCUGCGGGCGAAAGCGUCGGUUCCCUUUCCACAGGGAAGGGGCGGAUGGACGGGCUUCUGACUCCCAGGGAGUCCGCAGAAUUCAUUGCGGAGAACAGUCGAGAUGUGUUCAUUGACGGCGGAGGCGUGCGGAGAGUGGCCGAGCUUCUGCUGGCCAAGGCCGCGGGGCCCGAGCUGCGCGUGGGGGCCUGGAAGGCCCUUCACGAACUGAACCCCAAGGCGGCGGACGAGGCCGCCGUUAACUGGGUGUUCGUGACAGACACGCUCAACUUCUCCUUCUGGUCGGAGAGUGACGAGCACAGAUGUCUGGUGGGGUACGGGGGGAAAACGUACAGUGGGUACUGGUCCCUGUGCGCCGCGGUCAACAGAGCGCUGGAGGAAGGGAUACCAAUAACUAGUGCUUCGUACUAUGCCACAGUUACCCUGGAUGAGGUUCGGCAUAUACUCCGUUCUGACACAGACGUCCCCAUGCCUUUGAUAGAAGAGAGGCAUCGGAUUCUCAAUGAAACCGGGAAAAUUCUGCUUGAGAAAUUUGAAGGCUCUUUUCUUAAUUGUGUCCGAAAAAGUGAUAAAAGUGCUCAGAAGUUAUUGCACCUGGUAGUUGAAAGCUUUCCUUCUUAUAGAGAUGUGACUCAGUUUGAGGGGAAAAGAAUUUCUUUUUACAAACGGGCCCAAAUCCUUGUGGCAGAUACGUGGAGUGUAUUAGAGGGAAAAGGAGACGGCUGCUUCAAGGACAUCUCCAGAAUCACCAUGUUUGCUGACUAUAGAUUACCUCAGGUUCUUGUUUACCUGGGAGCCCUGAAGUACUCUGACGAACUACUGGAGAAACUUCUCAAAGGAGAAGUGCUUUCGUAUGGGAAUAGGCAAGAGGUGGAAAUCAGAGGGUGUUCACUUUGGUGUGUUGAGCUGAUCCGGGAUUGUCUUCUGGAGCUUACUGAAAAAAAGGAUGAAAAAACUAGUGGAGAGAUCAAUUCCAUUCUUCUGGAUUAUUUCUUAUGGGACUAUGCCCGUGAUCACAGGGAAGAUAUGAAAGGAAUUCCAUUUCAUCGCACACGUUGCAUAUAUUAUUGACCCACAGUGUAAACCGAUCCUAAAAAAACUUGCAUUUUUUUU